AUGAAUCCAAAGUCUCGACGUGGGUCUCGAAGUGGUGAGAGUGCUGCCAACUGCGCCAUGUGUCUCAUAGCAAUAGCAGCUGAUAUUGUGUUUAUGGUGGAUGAAUCGUGGAGCGUAGGAGAGGCCAACUUCAGAAGCAUCAAAGAAUUCAUCAACAGCGUCAUAACAUCCUUCCGCAAUGCUCCACUAGGCAAGGAUGGAUUCCGAUUCGGAGUAGCACUUUACAGUGACCAACCGAGGAUGACCAUAGCUCUGACUGACUACAGCACACUUGAAGAGGUGCUGGUGGCUGUCAGAGACAUUCCGUAUAGAGGGGGAAACACUAAAACAGGAGCAGCACUCACCUUCCUGGCAGACUCCAUCUUCAGCCCGUCAGUGACGAGAGACAACACGCCAAGGAUUGUGGUUUUAGUUACCGAUGGGAAGUCUGCAGACUCGAUCGAAGUGUCAGCCAGGAGACUGCGGGACAUGGGAGUGACUGUCUUUACAGUGGGGAUAAAAAACACGGAUAAAAAGGAACUGAUGAAAAUCGUUUCCGAUCCUUUCGAAGAGCAUCUACUGUUUGUGGAGGAUUUUCACCUGCUCAGCAAUAUUGUACCCAAACUCUCCAGAAGGAUUUGUUUCACAGCAUCAGAACCUCCCAGACCAGUGAAACAGCCACAAGUGCCAGAGAAAAUCAUUGGCCCUAGAGACCUGGUGAUUACUGAACACAGUUACAGCUCAAUGAGACUUACCUGGACGCCUGCUACAGGGGACAUCACCAGCUAUAGGGUUGUCAUCAACCCACAUUCAUCGGAAGGACAACUGACACCUGGGGAGCAGAGACAGAUUGUUAUAGAUGGUGAAUCAAAUACAGUACUUAUGACAAAUCUAAAGCCCACAACAGAGUAUUCCUUCACAGUGGUUGCUGUUUACGCUGAUAAGAUUGGAGAUUCCACAACUAUCAGAGGAAAGACAACUGUCCUGCCUCAUGUGACAAACUUCCGGGUGAUAGAAGUCGGGUUGUUUAGUCUGAAGGUGGCGUGGACGCCUCCCCUGGGGCCCUUGGAGGGCUACAAGAUCUACAUACCAAGAUCUAACAGACCCGGUCUGACCUAUGAGCAGAACCUGAAAGGAGAUGUCUCGUUCCACCUGAUCGACAACCUACAGGAGGACAAGGAGUACACUGUCAGCAUCUACGCCGUGUAUCCUCAGGGACCCAGCGAUCCAGUGUCCACCACCAAAACAACAUUGAAACUCCUGCCGGUGGAGAAACUGACCCUGGAGAACGCAACCACUGGUAUCAUACAAGCAAAAUGGCCUCCCGUCAAAGGUGCCACUGGGUACAGGCUCACAUGGGAAUCAACAGAUGGACAACUGCAGAAUGUGAACCUGGGUGACCGUUACCAGUUUUAUAUGAUCCAGGGUCUGACUUUGGACACCCAGUACACUGUUGCCAUCAACGCAAUCUUCGGGGACAUCGAGGGUCCCAUCAUCUCCGCCCGGGCAAAGACAUUGGCCACCAGUUCUGUGCAAACCCUACGAGCUUCUGCUAUCAGCACCAGCAGUGCCCUGAUCACGUGGAAUUCUGUCCCUGGUGCCACAGGGUACAGGCUGGCGUGGGGACCCACACCAGAGUUUGCUGGCAGAUAUCGCCCCCGGCAACUGGCUCUGAACAGCAGCUUCACCUCGCAUCAACUGAACCACCUGGCCGACAACACAGAGUAUGUCCUGUCUAUUUACGUUCUCUUCGGGACCAUGGUCGGGCCAGGGAUCACCACCACCGUCAAGACAUCUCCACUUGGCUACGUAUCGACGUUCAGGGUAACCACCUAUUCCACUACCUCGAUCACUGUUAUCUGGAGCGCUACCGUUGGGGCAACAGAAUACAAACUAACAUGGAGUCAGAAAUCAGGUAAAAAAUCAGGUUUAAAAAAAAAGAGUAAAGAGAAUCAAUACGUGGAACGCAACACGCUCUCCUUCCACAUUGAAAGCCUGAGUCCUGGGACUCUGUACACAAUUAGCAUCCACGCUAUGUUCGGUGAUGCUGAAGGCCCCCCGGUGUCUCUUUCUCAGAUGACAGAUUCGGCGUUUGUCCAGCCAGUGAGGGAUCUGAAGGUCACAGACACUGGAUCCAACAGCAUAAAAAUCAGGUGGAGAAAGACACCUGGCCUCUCGGGGUAUAGGAUAUCCUGGGCUCCGUUACGUGGAGGUCCUGAGAAGACUAGACUUGUUCCAGGUGGUGCUACAUCCUAUGUGAUCAGCGAGGUGGAGGAGAGUUCCACAUACACCAUUCGGGUCUCAACAGUCGCUGGAGGCAGGGAAGGAACUCCUGUAGUUACAACAGCCAGGACAGGAAGAUCGAGAAGGAGACCUUUGUUGUUGCCAGAACCAAAAAUAGCUUUGCCGAGGGUCACUCCUGCAUCCAAAGCUGCUGCUGACACAACUUUCCAAUCAGCCGGUGCUACAGGCGUCACCAGCAAUGACCAUCCAGUCCCGGUAACCACAGCCACCCCAACAACAACCAAACGCACCAUCACAACCAUAAUUCAAGCCCAUGUUAGACAAACAUCACCAGUAAAGGUACAACUGGAAGGACCCGUCUGUGCCAGGGCCAAAGGAGAUAUUGUGUUUCUCGUCGAUGAAUCUUGGAGCAUUGGUCAAGACAAUUUCAACAAGAUCAGGAAUUUUCUCUUCCGAAUCGUCUCGUACUUCCCAAAGAUCGGGCCAGCAGGAACCCAGAUUGCCGUGGCUCAUUACAGUGAUGGACCCAGAACAGAAUUCCAGCUCAACCGAUUUCAAGACAGAAAUUCAAUAUUACGAGCCAUCAGAGGUAUCCGCUACGCGGGAGGCAACACAAGAACAGCCAGAGGGAUCGGAUAUGUGUUGAAGGAGCUGUUCCAGACAUCUGCCGGCAUGCGGCAGCAUAUCCCUCGCAUCCUGGUGGUGCUGACUGAUGGACCCUCCCAAGAUGAUGUGACGCUGCCAGCGAGAGUGGCGUACGGUUUAGGCAUUAGGGUCAUCCCUGUGGGUGUGGCAAGUGCUGACGUUGAAGAACUCAAGAGAAUGGUCUUUCGUGGCAGUCAGGAUGAUGUGUUCUUCGCCGACACGUUUGACGACUUAAAUUUGAUCGAAAGAGAGCUCAUAGAGAAAGUCUGCACGGAAGCCAGGGAGAAGGAGCGCCCGAAACAAGAUGGAUCUGAUGUCACGGCCCGUAUCCCUGAUCAGCAAACGGAAUCUGUCAUGUCCGAAGCUUCCAGCAGCGCACCUGAAAAUGUCAGAAAACCAGAGGGUCCUUGUCCAGCCCAGUGUUCAAAGGGUCACAAAGGAGAGAAGGGUAUAAGGGGUGCACCAGGAAGCCCGGGUGAGCCGAACUUUGCGGGUUUAAAGACGGGCGGGGGAUAUGAUUCAUUCGCAUUUGCUGAAAAGGGAGAAAAAGGAGAAAGGGGGCUCCCAGGAAAAGAUGGAAUCCCAGGACUCCCUGGCCGACCUGGUCGCACAGGCCCCCCCGGUUCACCCGGACAAAGGGGACACCCUGGAUAUAAAGGGCCUCCAGGCCCUAAAGGAGAAAGAGGGGAACCUGGAUAUGUUUUGGGAGGAGAUAGUGUUAUACCUGGCAGGAAAGGUGAAGCUGGAUAUCCAGGUGCUAAGGGCGAGCCAGGUUUCCCAGGCGUGCCAGGCUCACCCGGAAUCUCAGGCCACCCUGGCCCCCAGGGACCACCAGGGAUAUCAGUCAAGGGUGAGCCUGGAGCACCAGGAAUUCGAGGUCCACGUGGGAAACCUAGUGCAAAGGGUGACAAAGGACAACCAGGCGUUCAGGGCAUCGCUGGCUUGCCAGGGCCAAUGGGACUCGAUGGUAUUCCUGGAAUUCCAGGGCAGAAAGGAGAAAAGGGAGUUGAAGGAAUAGGUAUUCCUGGAAUACAGGGAGGCAAAGGGGUAAAAGGGGCAAAGGGAUUCUUGGGGCUACCAGGGAACCCAGGUCCAAAGGGAGAGCUGGGGAAUCCAGGAACAGAAGGGGAGGUUGGCCAAAUGGGCAAGCGAGGGUCAAAGGGAGACAAAGGAGAAGAGGGAAACCGCGGAGAAAAUGGGGAAUCGGGCCCACAAGGAAUUGCUGGACUUCCUGGCCCAUUGGGUUUGAAAGGCAAUCAAGGAGAUAGAGGAAAUCCUGGAGAACCAGCCAAAGGGGUUAUAGGACCAACAGGCCACAAAGGUGCUCGGGGAGAUAUGGGGCCAUUUGGUCCACCGGGACCUCAAGGAAACCAAGGGAUUCAAGGGAUCAAAGGAGAAAAGGGCAGCCCAGGGUUUGGAAUUCCAGGCCAACCAGGCCUAAAAGGAGAGCCAGGGGAAAGGGGCAACGUUGGUUUAUCAGGAAGGCCGGGUGAGCUGGGUGAAAUCGGAAAGGAUGGGGAGAAAGGUGACCUGGGAGACACUGGAAAACCAGGACCAACAGGACUAAGAGGUAAAGAUGGUGAAAAGGGGCAUAAAGGUGAAUUGGGAUUGAAGGGUGAAUUGGGCCCUCCAGGUUUUCCAGGGGAGAGAGGAAUACGGGGACCGUUGGGUCUUCCCGGUCGUCAAGGAGAAAAUGGAGCAAAAGGGGAUUCAGGAAAUCCUGGAGAGAUGGGAGUACACGGUCAAAAAGGCCCUAAAGGAGAUAGAGGUAAACCAGGGAUCCCUGGGCAGCCAGGAUCAACAGUCACUGUACUGGACAAUAAUGGUGUUAUUAAGGGCGAAAAGGGUGACAUUGGAGAUCCUGGUCAACCAGGUCUUAAAGGCGAGCAGGGAAACCCUGGCACUGCUGGCCCUCCAGGUGCAGGAGGUCCUCCAGGACCACCGGGCAAUAGAGUGGGUGCCCCUGGAACACCAGGAAGAAAUGGUAUCAAAGGUUCCUCUGGACCUCUUGGGCCAAAGGGUGAACCUGGAAAGAAAGGUGAACCAGGCGAACAGGUAUUGGUCGGACAAAACGGUUAUCCAGGGACUAUUGGUCCCACAGGACUCCCAGGAUUUCCCGGAAAGCCCGGGCUGCCAGGGAAAGAUGCUGCAAAGGGUGAUCCAGGCUUACCGGGGAAUGAUGGUAAAGAUGGUAUGAAAGGAGAACCAGGAUUGCCUGGGCCUCCUGGACUAACGAUCUCCUCAGAUCCUCUUAUACCCUCUAGUGAGGGCGUGAUUGGGAUUCCUGGUUCUCUGGGGAUGAAGGGUGAAAAAGGAGAAAGGGGGUUGAGAGGUGAAAAGGGUGAGUCUGGACAACAAGGAAAAGGAAUUGAUGUCAAGGAUUUGGAGAAACUUUUCGAGAUCUAUGGUAUUAAGCUGUCGCUGCUGAAGGAACUGAUCGACCGGCUUCUUCAAGAUGAUGUGGAGGAGGUGAUCCAGCAGCUCACCAGCUCUAAGAAAGACAAAACCACGAGGAAAAUCCAGGAUUUGAAACAGGUUAAAGAGUUAACAGUACAGGACUCCUCACUGAAGUAUGACAUUGCCAGCCAAUCUCUCACCGAAGCUGAAGAGAUUGAGGAAGAGUUUGACACAGAUGCACAAGAUCCCACUCAUCUGGAUACUGCGACAACCAAUGCCGAAGAAAUGGAAAGUAAUUUAUUGGGAAGAAUUUUAUUGCCAGACCCGGAAGUUUCCAAAAGGGAACCCGGCGACAAGAAAAAAGGGAAAGAAAAGGGAAAGACAAAGACAAGGCGGCACAAAAACAAGCAGACGCCAAUGGCAGAUAGUUCUGAUCCAGGUGAUGUGCCACAUGACAGUGAUGCAGAACUUUACGAAGCAAAGGAGGAACAAAGGCCGUCGGAAACUUCAGAGAAGACUGCAGUGAGAGUGCGUAGGGCGCUCUCAAGGCAAGAAUCUCAGACACGUCUACCGGGUGUUGCAGGAAUGAGAGGGGUAAGGAAAAGACAAGAGUCGUAUCUCGGUUCCAGAAAGACGAAGAGGGAAAAGAAUCAGGCCAUGAUAUUCCAGAAAGGUCAAAAGGGUACAAAGGGUGAAGCUGGUGAACAGGGACAUAAGGGAGAACCUGGAGAUACAGGGAAUAAGGGUGACAAAGGAGAAAUGGGUGAAAAAGGUCAGAAGGGAGAACCUGGCAUUGGUAUCAGAGGCCCUGAAGGUCAAUCUGGAUCUCCUGGGCAAAAGGGUGUGCCAGGUAUACAGGGGCCUCCUGGUGCUCAGGGUAUUCAAGGUAUUCGUGGUAACGCAGGUAUUCCUGGAUACCAAGGUGCAAGAGGCCCUCCAGGAGUGUCCGGAUUGCCAGGAGCAAAGGGACUCCCAAGCAAGAGAGGAAAGAAUGGUUCUCCUGGAUCACCUGGAUAUAUGGGAUCGACAGGCAGGCAGGGACUUCCAGGAAAACCUGGCACGAAAGGUUUCAAAGGUGACGUUGGACUAGGAGCCGCAGGGCCAAAAGGAAUUCGGGGAAUCCAAGGACAGAGAGGAGAGCGUGGAGCACCUGGAUCUCUUGGACCUAUUGGACCGACAGGUCUGAGUGGACUAACGGGUUCGAGAGGAGACAAGGGAGAUCCUGGAUUUGCAGGGUUUAAAGGAAUGAAGGGAGAUCCACAUGGUGUUUUCGGACCCCAGGGAUACAAAGGAGACAAGGGUGAUCCAGGCGACAGGGGUCCGCCAGGAUUUGAUGGUGACAAAGGAGAGAAAGGUGAAGAUGGACCUCCGGGAGUGAAGGGCCACAAAGGAGAGCCAGGAUUGAAGGGGUCGAUGGGGCUAUUUGGUGCCAGAGGUCCUGCAGGACAGAAGGGGGAAUUUGGUGAACAUGGAACCAACGGAACUACGGGCAGAGCUGGACUUGACGGUAAAAGUGGAAUCAAAGGAGCCAAAGGUGCCCGAGGUUUGCAUGGUCAGAAAGGCAAGGAAGGAGAAAAAGGCGACAUCGGCUUAAAAGGAGACAGUAGGCUCAGGGGAGAUAAGGGAUCACGAGGUCUCCCAGGGCAAAAAGGGCAACCAGGGGUCGAUGGUGAGAAAGGUGAGCCUGGGAUGCCAGGGAGGCCUGGAUUAAGCGGUCUGGUGGGACUUAAGGGGGCGAGAGGACUUCCAGGGCUUGAUGGAUCUCGUGGAAUGCCAGGAAAAAGAGGCAAAAAGUGUACUCAAGGUGUACCUGGGCUGGCAGGUUUCAAAGGAAAGGCCGGUUUACCUGGAAAACCUGGUUCAUUUGGGAUACAAGGGCCUCAAGGACACAAAGGAGAACCUGGCCCAAAGGGGGAAACAGGAAAGAAGGGAAGGUCACGACCUGGUAAGAGAGGAUCCCCAGGUCUCCCUGGAGCAAAAGGAAAUCUGGGAGAAGUUGGCCCCACUGGUCUGAAGGGUGAAAAGGGAGAUCUUGGACUCUCAGAAGAAGAUGUGAAAGAAAUUGUCAGAAAAGAAAUGAGCGCUAAGUGUGCUUGCGCAGGAAGAGAUUUCCACUUGGUAGUUAGAACAAGUGAUUCUGAUGAGGACUAUUGGGAGAGUGAUGGAGAAAGGAAGGAAGACAUGUAUGACGAAGAGGACUAUGAAGAAUACAGCGAAGAGCAACAGUUUGCGGAAGACAUUAGCUUUGAAAACGGAACAGAAUCCGAGCAUUACUUACGCAACACCACAGCAUUCUUGGAUGCUUUCCAACACUCCCAUCGUAAAAGUGUAAGGGAUUGAGAGAGAGUGUUCCAGAAUCCCUGCAGCCAACCCAUGGAUGAAGGUUCCUGCUCACUUUAUGUGUUGUUGUGGUAUUACUAUCCUGAGAGCAGUGAAUGCAGACCAUUUGUAUACAGUGGGUGUGGAGGAAACAAUAAUCAUUUUGCUUCCAAACAAGAAUGUAUGGACAGAUGUGUGGAAAGAAAAGAAAAGGACUGA